GCUGUCACCGGUAACAAGACAGCUGUCUGCCGACGCACAGUGGCAAGACGGGGGAAGCUAUAAAAGCACCUAUCAGCACCACUGUGUGUCGUACAGCACUGCCGAUGGGAGGAAAGGAAUCGUUGUGGUGUAACACCCCUACGCACUGCAAUGAACAGUUUGUGUGCUAAGCUGGCGCUGUUCCUGCUGGUAUUCGCAGCCGUUGCCGGUGAGGGUCGCGCGAUCGCGUCAUCGUUCGGUGGUGACAGAACGGCGCACCCACGCUGGACCGUACGGCCGAUGAACGUCAACUGUCCGCAGCCGGCCUGCACCACGGCGAAGGAUCUCAACACGCUGUGGGCGUCUCCGGACGCGACCCAGUUCAUACGAUGCCGGCCAGCACCGACCGGAUACUGGAUGAUCGAACUAAAUCCCUGCGCACCCGGAACGCUGUUUCAGUUCUCGAAGCAAGCGUGUGUAGCCACCCGGAACUGGUCGUCCUGCUGAGGUUACCGGAACGAUCGGUGGAUGUUGGAAUACAGUGAAAUGGAGUAGAAUAAACAGUACGGAUAAACAGAAGA